AUGGAGAAGAAGAUUGCCCUAGAGGACCUCAUUGAGGUUCGGGACAAAUACCUAGACACCUGUCAUCCCGACUGGGUGCGCAAAUUCAGAUCUCUGGUGAGUGACCAGAAGAAGGCUAUACCUCAGCUAGACCUUACCCCUCUGCUGACUACGAGAGAAUUUAGAGAUGCACAGAGGAAUGGUCCGCCCACAUUCUCGAAGCAGAACUCUACCUCGACUCCCUCGAAGUCAUACGUACCACCUCCGAUGCCUCCCAGACAGCCACCCCGUGGCCUGGAAGAAAUCAUGCGCGAGGACUCGCCGGUAUACAGCAGUCUCGACUCGGAUCCGCACAGGAGACAGAGAGAACAGAAGUACGGGUUCGAAGCAGUAGAGGAUAUAGAAAGUCUAAUGUUCGACCCUAUGUCGCUCAUCGCACAACUAAAACGCAAGAAGGCGAGCAUACCUAAAUUGUUUGAGGUGAAGCUACGCAUCAUAUCCCAAGCGAUCUACCACCCGACAAUUGAGAACUCGGAGCUGCUCAUCGAUGCUCUAGAUACAAUACGUAAUGAAGGAGUGAUCUCUCAAAGACAGAGAGACCGACCAUUGAUAUCCAUCAUCGCGUAUGGCAAAGAUGCCACGAUGGAAAGGAUGGAGUCCGGUACUCUCGAUCGUCCGUUGAACAUUUACGCAAAGAGCUCUAGGAAGAAGCCAGGCGACAAUAAGUCGCCGAAGAAGUCGUACGAGCAGAAGAACGGUAGUAGCAACAAUCAACAGUCGAACUACAAGGGUAAAAAGCCAUACAAUAAGAACCGGCGUAAUAGCUAUAAGCCGACGGAAGCCACCAACAACUGGACUGAGACGUCGAAAUAG